AUGUCCUCUAAUGAUGAAGAAAAAUUAACAACCUUUUCAAAUGGUAGUUUUGAUAAUAUUAGAGACAACAACCUAAUUGAUAGUAAUAUAGAUAAUAAUAACAAUAAUAAUAACAAUAAUAAUAAAAACAACAUCAAUAUUAGUAAUAGUCAAGAUAAUAAUAGUUUUAAUAAUAAUAAUAAUAAUUUAAAAAAUUCAAUUAAAGGUAGAAAUAUUAAUUCAGGUGGUUUACAUAGAAGUUUCUCAAAUUUAAGUGAUGAUUCAUACCAACAAAAACAUCAAAAACAAUUAAAUUCUAGUAAUAGUAAAUUUACAUUAAAUAAAAACUAUUUAGAUAGUUUAGAAUAUAGCUCAACUGAAAAUUUAGUUUCUUUAGAAAAUUCUAUAAGUUUUACAAGUAGUACACAAACAAUAACAGCUGAUCUAAAUAAUAGUCCAAAUAAUAAUAAUAGUCCAAAUAAUAAUAAUAGUCCAAAUAAUAAUAGUCCAAAUAAUAAUAGUCCAAAUAAUAAUAGUCCAAAUAAUAAUAGUCCAAAUAAUAAUAGUCCAAAUAAUAAUAAUAAUAAUAAUAAUUUAAAUAUUGGUAGUUUAUCUUUAAAAGAAAAAAAUAGCUAUAAUCAGCGUUUAUCACCAUUAAAAGACUAUAUAUCACAACAUAGUGAAUCAGAAGCCACAGAAUUAGAGGUUAGAACUAUUUCAGCAAGAAAUUUAAAGUUACAAAGAAAAAUGUCAACUGUUAGUUGUAGCUCUAUGGCAAGUUCUGUUUCUUUUGGUCAAAUGGAAAAUGAAGAAAAUAAUUUAUCACCAGAAAAUGUAAAUAGACAAUCACCACAACCAGAAGAAUCAAAAAAUAAUUCAUUCAUGAAUAUUAACAAUAAUAUAUCACAAGAACAUGUAAAUAAACAAUCAUCACAACCAGAAGAAAAUAAAAACCAACAAUUAACAAAAAUAAAUGAUAAUAGUUUUGAAGGAUCAUCAACAUCAACAUCAGAUAGCGAGGUCGCAAAAAGCUCUCAAUCAAAUACACCAACAAAACAAAAUGGCACAAUGAGCAUUAAAAUUAGAGAUAAAAUAAUUGAUAAAACCACACCAGUUAAUUUUAAUGUAGGUGGUACUUUGUAUGCAACCAGUAUAAGAACACUUUCGCUAUACCCAAAUUCAUUACUUUUCAAAAUUGUAGAAAUGCAAAUCGAUCUAAUUAUGAAUGACGAAGUUGUUUUUAUAGAUAGAAGCCCCAGCUACUUUAACCAAAUAUUAGAUUUUAUUAGAACAGGUUUAUAUAUUCCAACUCCAAAUAUAAAUUCAAAAGGUAUGCUCCAAGAGGCAGAAUUUUUUAAACUUUCAGAGUUGGCCAAUCUUAUAAAGAAUGAACCAGAGAUAUCGAGAACCGAUGUUAUAAACAUGAUUAAUAGCUGUUAUGACUAUCCAAGAUUCCGUGGUAUGUGGUUAACAAAAAUAAAUUUCUCUGGUUUGGAUUUAAGCUGUGCAGCCUUUGACUAUUCAAAUUUAUCUGGGUGUCUUUUUAAUAGUGGUUUAAUCCCAAAAGCUAGUUUUCAAGGUUGUAAAUUGGAUAUGAGUGUUUUCAAAUAUUGCAAAGCUGAUGGUGCAAAUUUUACCAAAGCUAUAUUAUCAAAUUCUGUAUUUUCGAAUGUAAAUGGUUAUGAACUCAUCGCUGCUGAGGUGGAUUUCUCAAAUUCAAAAUUAACAAACUCUCUUUUAUCUUGUUCCGAUUUCUCUGGGUCAAAUUUUAAAGGCUCUCUUUUAGAUGGAGUUGACUUUACCAAUUGCAAUUUGUCAGAUUGUGAUUUUAGAGGUUGUUUUAUCGACGAAAGAACUAAUUUCAGUGGCAGUAAUUUAAAAGGUGCUUUAUUUGAUGAACAAUCUUUAUCCAUCGCAAAAAAUAAAAAAUCAUGGAAAAAACCCAAAUCAUUAACAAGAAAUAAAAUUGUUAUACCCCAUUUAUAA